AUGUCAUUAAGCAAUAACACACAUAUUAAAAUAUAAGUUGAUUCAUAUACAUCUGAAAAGUCUGUAAUAAGAUAUGUAAUUGCUGUUGAAUGCAGCAAUAAUAAAUGGCAAAUAUAUAAAAGGUAUGAUAAAUACUCUCAACUAUAGAUACUCAGAAUUUGAAGAAAUCCAUUUUAAAUUAGUUGAAUUAUUUAAUGAAUUACCUUAAUUUCCAAAAAAAUAAAUAUUUCAUCUUAAUAGAAGUGAAGUUUAAUUCAGGAUGUAAUAAUUAAAUGAUUACUUAAAUUAAUUGUUAGAUAGAAAAGAAAUCGUGAACUCAGUUAUUUUUAGAGACUUUUUAAUAGUAAUCUAUUUUUCCUAAAAAGCUUGAUCAAUAUGAUGAAUUCUUACAUCCAGUUUAAACACAAAUCAGGAUAUUCAAUAUGUGUAUAAAGGAUAUUUAUGAGAAUGAUCAUAUUACAAUAUUAUUACUCUAUGACUCUAGUAUUUUGACUAGAAUGGACACUUACAUGAAUAAUAUUUUAGAUUCAAAAAAACAAUCUCCAACAAGCACCUUGGUUUGUUUUAAAUAAAAUGAUUUUAAGCAAAAACUAUUUUGUAAAGAAUUCUUCAAAGCCCUAACUUGUAUGAAUUUUAAUAAUACUGAAAAUUCUUUUGUUUUAGGGUAUAAUAAUUUAUUUAUUAAAUAGACUUUCAUCUGGUGUUGUAUAUUAUUAUAGAUUGGAUGAAAAUUACACAAUAGACAUGGAAGAACAAUUUUAGAUAGCAUAAACAAAAAUAUCAGGAUGUGUUUUAGUUGAAAGAGAGAUAUAUGUAAUUACAAGCAAUUUUUUGAUGAUACAAAACACAAAAAAAAUAUAGGAAUUAUAAGAAAUACCUAUUGGUUAACAUGAUUUAAACAAUAUAGUUUAUAAUUCCAUCAGAAAUCUAAUUGUUAUUUCUAAUAAUAUUGGAGAAAUUUAUAUAUGUGAAGUACCUUUUGUAAAAAUAGGACUUAAAGUUCAAACUCAUACAAUUCAAAUUAAAUAAAUAUUAAUAGAUAAUGAAAGAAAUUAUCUUAUGGCAUUAAAUUAUGAUAGAAGUCAUAUUAUUAUUUUUGAUUUCGCAAAAGGUCUUUAAAAUGGAUUUACUUAAAUAAAAACAAAUGUCGAGAUAAAAAAUAAGGUAAUUAAAUAAUGAUAAUUUUAGAGUUUAUGUUUUGAGUGGUCAAAAAAAAGGGGAGAGAUAUUCAUCGGAAAUGAGGAUGGUACAAUAUCUAUUUGGAAUGUCUAAGAUUUAUAACCAUUUUGUAAGUAUAAUAUUCUAAUAAGAUGUUUUUAAGGCUCAUUCUAAAGGAGUUAACAAAAUUAUUUGGAAUGAAAAUUAAUCAUUACUUAUGUCAGGAAGUGAUGACGAAUCUUUAAAAUAAUGGUAUUUCCCAAAGAAAUGGAGGGUUAGUCAAGCCGAUAACUUCUCAACUUUUUGA